UUUAAUAUUUUAAAACAAUUUUUUUUAACAAAAACAAUAAAAAAAUUUAAUCAAAAACAAUUCCAAUAAUUUUUUUAAAUCAAAACAAUACAAAAAACAACAAUGGAAACGUGUGUUUUAAUACCAAAAGAGCUGUCGCUCGCCGCCACAACAAUAACGGCAAAUCACGAGGCCGAAAUCACAGUGUGGACAACAUCAUACAUCGAGCAGGGCACAAUUUUUUACCCCUUUCAAGGCACGAUACGUUUGGAUAAACUGGACGCAUUUCAAUAUCUCGAUGAAAAUGAUAUCCGGCAUCGUUUCGGCUUGUACGACGAGAUCUCCGAUGCAUUUCAUAAACCAGUGCGUAGCUGUAAUUGGAUACGCUUUCUGCGUGUCUCAAACGUAUGUGAUACAAAUGUAAAUAUGAUUUGUACAAAAGUGAAAGGUGAACCCAUAUAUGAGGCGAUAAAACCGAUAGCAGCGCAUCAGGAACUUGUUGUAUUCUACCUGCCCGAAAGACCCGAAGAAGUCUUAUUCAUGCGCAUGCGAAUAUCUAUGUAUCGUCAAACGAUGGAUUCCAUAAUGAAAGAUUCGCCAAUUGAUCUUUCCGCCUCCCUGCUGCACCGCAUCUCACUACCCGUCUCGCCGGUUUCGAGUAGUGAAGAUGAACACAAGUCAAUAUCGAGUGAUCUAUCCGGUUCGGUGAUAUCAUUAAAUGAGCCCGUAAGUGAUGUUAUAAACUCAACAAACUGUGAAAAAGUGAUCCGUGAUCAGCGAACGCCGCAACGCACACGAAUCGGCCGAAGUGAACGCUGUUUGCUGCCUUGUGAUGUUUGCGGGAAGGCAUUCGAUAGACCUAGUCUACUUAAGCGACACAUGCGAACGCAUACAGGUGAGAAACCACAUGUGUGCAUGGUUUGCGGGAAAGGCUUUAGCACGUCGAGCAGUUUAAAUACGCAUCGGCGAAUACAUUCGGGUGAAAAACCGCACGAAUGUCAGGUGUGUGGCAAGCGGUUUACGGCCAGCUCCAACUUGUACUACCAUCGAAUGACACAUAUAAAGGAAAAGCCGCAUAAGUGCAAUUUAUGCUCGAAAUCCUUUCCAACACCCGGCGAUUUGAAAUCACACAUGUAUGUGCAUAGUGGCUCGUGGCCAUUUAAGUGUAACAUUUGCUUCCGCGGUUUCUCGAAACAGACAAAUCUCAAAAAUCAUCUUUUCCUGCAUACAGGCAACAAGCCCCAUGGUUGUGAAUUGUGCAACAAGAAGUUCGCAUUAGCGUGCAAUUUACGAGCUCAUAUGAAAACACAUGAAGGUGAUCCACAAGAUGAAUGUGUUCGCUGCGGCAAGGUGUACGUUACACUAAUGCAGGGAGUCUGCACAAGGUGCUCCGAUUCGAACAAUUCAACUGACACUGACAACAAGACUGGUUUUCAAUCGGGGGGCGAUACAACCACAGAAGAUGAAACCUCAAAUGGCACAACGGAAUGUAGUGACAAGUAAAAAAUACAAAAAAUGCAAAAACAACAACAAAGCCAAUAAAAACAACAACAACAACAACAACAACAAAGAUCGACAACAACAACAAAAAUUGACGACAACAACAACUGAAACGUUGAACGUAUAAAAUCAUGAAAAUGAAGCAACAACAAAAGCAACAAAUAAAACCGAAAAACGAUAACGAUAACAACAUGCAUGUGGCGCAUACAAACAAACCAACAAAAUAAUGACUGCUGUAAAUAUAUAUAUAUAUAAACGCAUACAUACCAAUACAUACAUAUAAAUAUAAAUACUUAUACUAUGCACAUAUUAAGCUAUGCGGGGGGGGGUUGUUGGCAUAUAUUUAUACAAAGAAACAAAUAGACAUUCGAACAUAUCUACAUACUUAGUUAUAUGGCUAGUUAUAAGCUCCCCAGUGUACAUUAUACUCCACUUAACUAUAAGCUAGUCUUAAGGAUAUUUAUAUUUUUUAAGUGACAAUACAAAGCCAGUAUAGCACAAGCCAAUAAAAUAGAUACUGACAAUUGUUUUUUUGUCCAAGUACAAUAACUGAA